AUGGCGGAGCCCUCGCCGCCGCCGCCGCCGCCGCCGCCGUCCAACAAAGGCCUCCGGGUCCUCCUCGCCAAGGACCGCGCGCCUACUUCCUCUCCCUCCGCGCCCGCCGCCGUCUCCAGCCACGCCGACCGCGACCGCAUCAUCGGAGUGUUCCGGACCGCGCUGUCGAGGAACGAGGCCCCCGAAGCUUUCGCCCUCCAGGCGGUUCAGGAAGCGAUUAAGCCUCAGAAGCAAACGGUGCUGGUGCUAGAGGAGAACCAGACCUUGGAGAAUGCUCUUCGAAGGCUGCUGCAGGAACUUGUGUCAUCUGCAGUUCAAUCGGGUAAAGGAAUUAUGCAGUAUGGAAACUCAUUGGAUAGCGGGGAAAGUAACUGCCUGAUAACACGUCUUCUUGAUAUCAUGCUUUACCUUUGUGAAAGAGGGCAUGUUGAGGGUGGUAUGGUAUUCCAGCUGUUAGAAGAUCUGACAGACAUGUCAACUAUCAAAGACUGCAAAGAUGUCUUUGGGUAUAUUGAGAGCAAGCAGGAUGUCUUGGGGAAGCAAGAGCUAUUUGGGCGUGGCAAGUUGGUUAUGCUGAGGACUUGCAACCAACUACUUCGAAGACUUUCAAAGUCGAACGAUGUGGUGUUCUGCGGACGCAUUAUCAUGUUCCUGGCACAUUUCUUCCCGCUGUCGGAGCGUUCAGCUCUCAAUAUCAAGGGAGUUUUCAACACAUCAAAUGAAACUAAGUAUGAGAAAGAUGCCACUGACGGAAUUUCUGUUGAUUUCAACUUCUACCAGACCCUGUGGAGUCUGCAGGAGCAUUUCAGGAACCCAGCUUUGACUACUACGAAUCCAACAAAAUGGCAAAAGUUUGCGUCUAAUUUAACGGUCGUGUUGAGCACAUUUGAAGCUCAGCCUCUCAGCGAUGCUGACGGGAAACAUAAUAAUCUUGAGCAAGAGGAAGAUGCUGCUUUCAAUAUUAAGUACCUUACUAGCAGUAAAUUGAUGGGUUUGGAGUUGAAAGACGCAAGUUUUCGACGCCACAUCCUUGUCCAAUGCCUUAUAUUUUUUGACUAUCUCAAGGCGCCUGGAAAGACUGACAAGGAAGGUCCAUCCGAGAGCAUGAAAGAGGAAAUCAAAUCCUGUGAAGAGCGUGUCAAGAAUCUUCUGGAGAUGAUUCCACCGAAAGGGAAAGAAUUCCUACAAAGCAUCGAGCAUAUUCUUGAGCGGGAGAAAAACUGGGUAUGGUGGAAGAGAGAUGGAUGUCCAGCAUUUGAAAAACAACCUUUUGAAAAGAAGUCAGGUCAAGCUGGAGCCAGAAAACGUAAGCCAAGGUGGAGAUUGGGAAACAAGGAACUUGCGCAACUGUGGAAAUGGGCAGAAUUAAACCCUGAUGCUUUGACUGACUCUGACCGAGUCCGCAUGCCAUCAGUUACAGAAUAUUGGAAACCACUUGCAGAAGAUAUGGACACAUCUGCUGGAAUUGAGGAGGAGUAUCACCACAAAAAUAAUCGUGUUUAUUGCUGGAAAGGUUUACGGUUUCAAGCCAGACAAGAUCUGGAAGGAUUUUCUCGAUUUUGUGACUACGGGAUCGAAGGUGUUGUACCUCCCGAGCUGUUGCCACCCGACGUCCGCGCCAAAUUCAAUUCUAAGCCAGGCGAGAAGGCCAAACGGCCUAAACGGGAAGACACAAGAGGCACUUCAGCUCACCCCAAGGAGCCACAGGUUGCCGCGGCCACGCCCGAGACAGACGGCGGCGGCAGCGGGGGCGACCAGGAGGAAGGCGCGGUGCCGAUGGACUCUGACAACGGCGCGGGGGAGGACGGCCAGAAGCGGAGCCCCGGCGAGGUCUCGGAGCCCGAGUCCGGGCAGUGCGAUGCUGAGGACGAUGGGGAAGACAACACGAAAAGCGCGCAUAGUAGAGAUCGUCGGUAG